AUGGACACAAGUACCAAUACUAGUAUGGUCACAGUUUCUCUUCCUUCUUCCCAACCACAACAACCACAACCUCAACAUCCAACUGAAACAUUCUUGAACUCCCCUAAUCACAUCACUAGUUCAUCGCUCUCCUCUCAUAACCGCAACAACAACAAUUACUACAACACCAACAAUAAUCAUAUCAAUUCUCAACCAAUGAUGACAUCCAUGAUGAUGACAAACACUAAUCAUCCACAACAACCUGCUUCAUGGAAUACACAAGUAGUUUCAAGUCACUCGGUUCAUCCUUCCAUGACGAAUAACAACAAUCAUUCAGUGAAUGUGUUCCAUCCAUCACCUGCCAAUUAUAAUUCUCAACAACCUUUUAUGACUCCCAAUAUGCAACAUUCAUCAUCUUUUCAUUCCUCUCCUUCUUCUUCUUCCAAUUCUUACAAUUCAAAUAAUUCCACGAUGCAUGUGGUCCAUUCCAAUCAUAUUUCAAAUAAUUCCCAUCCACUAAAUCAUUAUCAAUUUCCAGUUCAACAACAACAACAACAACAUUACUCUUCCAAACAACAACACCAACCACAACAACAAUAUUUACAUGUAAAUAAUAAUUAUGCAAACAACAACAAUAUGGAAGCUUCACACAAGAUGUUGCCAUCAAUUUCAGAAUGGUUCCGAGGUGGUCAUGUGAAUGAAUUGACACCACCUGCAUCAUCACAAGAAACUUGUUCACACAAUGUUUCUUCUUCAACAAACACUUCUUCCAUUCUCAUGACUUUGAAUCAAAAGAAUGUACAACAACCUCCCUCUUAUGAUGUUCAAUAUUCACAACAGCAACAACAACCAUCCAAUUCCAUAACAAGAAUGCAACUCUCUUGCUCACCUCCUCAACAACAUCAUGAGAAAUCAACAUCACCACGAAUUGUACAAUCCAAGUCUCUUUUACGAUCCAAUUCAGACUCUAGCGGAAGCUCAAUGUCACCCAAUCAUUCUUCUUCUCAUAAUUCCAUUCACAACUUUAAAACAAUGAUUAUGGCCACGCCGAGUGCGACUUCUUCUCAAACAUGUACAGGUAACCAAACUCAGCAAGCUGUCACCAGUCAAAUUGUUUCCAGUUGUCCGAAUGAGAAUGUGCGAAAGCCAAACAGAGGAAAGGCUCCCAAUAGACAAUCCCAUAUCUCGAACACUGUAAAUGCUGCAAAUGAAUCGACUGGUGUCGUUCAUACAACACAACAACCAAACACAUGUGUGAACAACCGUCCGUCGACGUUCCAAGAUCAACAGUCGAUCAUGCAAGCAACAACAACAGCCAACCAAAUGGAUCUUUCACAUGCUUCACCAGUUAAAGUAGCAACUACCGUGUCGGUUGUGGAAACUCGACCUGAUAAGCGUCACAAUAGCAGCAACAUUUCACAACAAGAACAACCUGAAAACAAAAAAGAUGGUAUUGUGUUGGUCAUUGAGAAUGUAGAAAGUAUCAAGCAAUACAUUGCAGAGAAGGAAAUGGCUCAACAACAACACUCCUCAAAUUCUGGAUCACAUUCUCGAAGAAUUUCAGCAAAAGAGGUUUGGAACUCGAUCGCUGCUGCCACCGCUGCUAACAAUGGCAAAUUUCCCAAUGAAAAUAAGAUUAAGAAACAGUCCAAGAUGAAGCAUAGUAGAGCAAAUUCUCCAAUGAGCAUGGGAAGUGGUUCAGUAUCUCCGUCGGUGCUUGAACGACGAUUUAGUAAUGUUUCAUUAUUUGAGAAACUUUCAUUAGAAGAUGCAGAUAUGAAAACAAGUAUCAUUUCCUCGACGUCCCUUCAACAAGAUCACAACAUGACGAAUCACAUGUCCAAUGGAAUGAAUAAUAAUCAUUUACAGUGUCACAACACGACGACAGGACCAUUCAUGUCUCAAAAUGCAAACCCAUCUCCUCAACAGCAACAAUAUCUUCAGUCACCUCAAACACAACAACCAUCGCCUAUUCAACCAACAACGAACACUUCAUCCAAUGUCCACUUAUUAGGGAAUGAAUUUGUGGACUUUUCUAAGGGAGAACAUGAAAUUCAAAAGAAAACUCGAGGUGAAAAAGUAUACAAAUUCAAAAUGAUAAAAUUUUAA